AUGCUGGCCUCCGAGCCCAUCCACCACCCACCCUUGCUCGAUGCUGCUCCUCUUCAAUUUGCCGAUCUACUAUCGUGGGCUCGACCCAAAUGUAUUCCAGUGGUUCGUGAGCUCACCUUUGGUGUAGCUGAAGAAAUAACUGAGGAGGGCUUACCUCUGCUUCUCCUCUUUCAUCAACCCGAUGACAAGGAAUCGCGUGAUCGUUUCCAACGGAUUGGCCGAACAUAUUUAGCUGAUCUUGCAAGGUGUGCCGUUUGGAGCAGAUUUACUGAUACCUAUUCACAUACCGCCCCCACCGUUCCUUCAUCCCACCCCACGGUUCUGAGAGUUUUGUUCCGGGACAUGAAACAGACGGAAAAAUUCGCUGCAUAUGUUGAAAGUAAAGGUCCUUUUAGAGUCUCUUGCUCCGUAGGAGCCUUCUCUUAUAUGCCUCUUUCAGUGAUUUCACGCCAUCGCUGCCACUAUAUCCGUGCUACUCAAAGCGUUAUGUUCUGCACUCUUCCUCAAGCCUGUGAUAGCACGUAUUCACCAGCCUCAUUGAGCAAGCCCCUAAAGUCUGGAUUCUCUAUUGGCUUGGCAACCUAA